GCUGCGCGCACUGCUGUUCUUUCUUCGUUAACUGCGCUUUUUUGUUUUUUUUUCUGCGAUUCGGACAGUGUGAGAGAACAGUCCGAUGAUAGAAAAAAAGUAUUUAAGAGGUAGUUUCGAGUUGUGUUCAGCUCGUAAAAAUGAUGAUCUGAAUAUGAGAUAGUAAGGUGGUCUUUAGAACAUUGUUGUCGUAAGUAAGGCUUGCACAUACCGACUUUGCAGUUGUUUACAGUCAUCGAGAGAGAAGAACACCGGCUUUCAUCAAUUUUGAAUUGGUAAAAAAUUAUGGCUACCAGUGGACACGUUUCAAAAGUACGCGAUGCAUGCAUUGAACGUUUGCUGGCUCAUGAAAGUGCCGCCGUAGAAGCAGCCAAAGAAAAGUUAAAAGAGCUUAAAGAAAUUGAAAGCAACUACUUGCAACUUAAAGAACGAUUGACGACACUUCCAACAAGGCUGAGCCAUUCUGUGACAGUCCCGCUUAACUCAGUUGGAUUCUUUCAAGGUCAACUAAUUCACACAAAUGAAAUCAGCGUAUUGCUUUCUUCUGAAAUUCUCGUUCAGGUAACUGCUUCGAAGGCACUUGAGAUAUUAAAUCGGCGUGUUGGAGAAAUCCGUUCCCGACAACAGAAAACUAAAGAAGAGAUCAAGCAUUUCAAGCAUUGGAAGGAGUACACUGUUAAAGCAACGGGCACUCCAGCAGCUGGAAGUGAAAGCGACGAUGGCAUGGACAUCAAUGAGGAAUAUAAUGAAGAGCGUGAGGCCGAAUGGAGAAAAAAGCACUUGGAAAUGGUGCGUAGAGAACGUGCGCGCGAACGCACAGAGCUCAAGAAAGUCUCGAACGACGUUGACGAGGAGGCACUUUGGCAGAGGCUUGAAGAACUUGAACUGGAGGAACAGAUGGAACGGUACGAAGAGAUGAGAAAGAAACAAGCAUUUCAACAAGGCAGAGACCAUGAUGAAUCAGAAGUUCAAGUGCAGCUUCGAUUACCAGAGAAAGACGAUAUGAACGACAUUGUAGUCAAUAAGCCUUCAUCCAGCUUCAACACCGUUAUUCCUAAUUCAUCAAGCUGUCCUAAAAGCAUCUUGAAACAAUGCUCAUCUGAAAUCAACCUAAAAAAUGUGCAUUUUAAAGGCGAAUCAGAGACACAAAAACGUUCCUAUCAGUCCUGUGCGAUUGAUAGCGAUGAUGACGAAGAGCCUGAAAAAAAUAAUGCCGAUCAGGAGACGCCCUUUACCGGUCUAAUCGUUGAACGCAGUAGUUAUAGCGGCAAGCCUGUUGGGGAACACAUUUUUCCUCAAAGCAAGAGAAUUUCACGCUUUAAAGCUUCACGAAUGUAAAAUAUGUUAUUGUAAAUUAGGCAAACUGAAAAAUCCGUGGCGUUCAAUGCUGUAGCUAAGUAAUAAGUAUAUAUUGUUUUAGUUUCUAAUAAUUAAGUUACUGUUUGCGUAAAAGUAUCUUAGUCAUUCACGCCAGACAAGUGAACAAACGAAAGGUGGUAAAAAUGCUUAACCCAAAAUAUGUGCGAAAUGUGC